CAUAUAGAUGCAUAUUAGUCAUAAACUAAAGUAUAUGUUAGAAAUACAAUAUCUUCAUAUCAACUAUAUUAUAAUAACAUAUCUCUCUCUUAGAGACACAAAAUCAUUCAAACUCUCAAAGAUAUAUACAAACACAUUGCUACUCCAGCUUUUGCCUUUGCCUCCUUCUUUCUUUCACAGCCUGUCAAAACCUAAAUUAUUAACUCAACAACAACAUGAUUAUUCCAUUUUUCUAAUUCUUCUUGUUUCAAACCAAAACUGUUAUUUCAUCUGCCAAGUGUCUUCAUGCUGUCUAUCAAUUUUCUCCAAAUUCUCCAUAUGUUCAUGCACUGCUUGGAUUCAUCCGUCCUUUAAUCUAUUCUUUUUCCAGCCAUGAUUCAACAUAAACCAUAGAAAUAUUAAUCAUCCACUUGUUAUAUUAUAUUAUCAACUUUAUGGAAGAAUAUGUUCGAUGAACUUCAUCGUAGAAACCUUCAGUUUUGCUACUUCUUACAACAGGAAUGGGAACAAAAAUUGAAUAUUCCAUAAAUCCACUAGCAUACUCAGGAGAUUGCAACAACUUCACUUUGAGUGGUGUUGAUGCCAGGGAACAUUAUCAAAACAAAGAAGUGAAAGUGAUUAACAAUCAUUGUAGUAUUGGAGUCAAUAAUUUGCAGAAUCCAAUGGACAAGAAGCUUAACCGAAACAACAUAGAAUCCAUCAAAAAGACAAUGCAGAUGCACGAGGACAUCUUCAAAAACCAGGUAAAGGAACUUCAUAGAGUAUACAAUGUACAAAAAAUGCUAAUGGAUGAGCACAAAAAUGAAAAUAAAUUUUGGACCCCUAUGAACCAAGGUUAUUUUGUUCAACAACCAACACAAAUUUCAUUUAGCCAUGUCCAAAUUUUGAAAGAGGAUUUAAUGAUAAAGGAAAGAAGUGGAAGCAAUUCAGGAGAUAUGAUAAUAAAAAAAAGAGAAAGUGAUUUUGAUCUUGAAAAGCCAGCAGCAAGUGAUUGUGAUGAUGAAGAUAUGGAAGUGGAUUUAACUUUAUGUAUAGGAGGAAGCAACCAAACAAAGAAUAAGAAGAAAAAGUCUUAUAAUUUGCUUCCAUUACCAAAUUCUUAUGUCUCUUUUCAAUCAGAUAGAAUUGGAGAUUGUAGUGACCCUACCACACCAAUGAGCAGCUCUAGUGUUACAUAUGAUCAAGAUAAAAAUAUGCCACAUUGGUUUUCUCAAGGUUUAAAGCUUAAAUAGGGACUUUAAUUAACUUGUUUAAUUGUAUUUUAUUAUGAUUAUGAUUAUGAUUAUGAUUCCUCUUUACUAAACAUGGACCACUUCAAUUUCUAUGGUUCAUGUGAUUGAUCAUAUAUUCCAAUAAAAUGGAUAACUUAUAUUUAUAGUUUCUUCA